UGGAGUCGGGGAGGGGAUUAUGUUAUUAGUUGUUGGUCGGUGCUGCUGUGCUUCACCUGCUGCUUGUGAAGCCGGAGAGGCGUCAGUUCAGAGCUCCGCGGACCGACACGCCCGCUGAUGCUCUGAUAGGAACUGAUCGAUGGCCGAGGCCGGCUAAACGAGCUAGCUAGCGUUAGCAUGCUGGACAGCUGAAAGCCGGUUUCACCAUGGCUUUAAACUGUCUGCUGUGGAGUACAGGUCCCGUGGUGGAUGACAGCAGGAAAUUCGUCAGUGAGCUGAGUGUUGGCCGGUCUGAGAGCAAAAAGGAAAUUGUAUUUUAGGUGGAUGUGAGGAACUCUUUGAAAUGUCACUGAAACAACCAGGCAGGAUGUCUAUUGCCCAGGCUUUGGCCAUGACUGUAGCAGAGAUACCCGUCUUUCUCUACUCCACAUUUGGACAGUCCAUAUUUUCCCAGCUAAGGCUCUCCCCGAGCCUGAAGAAGGUGCUGUUUGCGACGGCACUCGGAAGCGUAGCUCUGGCUCUGACCGCUCACCAGCUAAAAAGAAGAGGCAGAAAAAGGAAACAGGCAGCCCAAACGCAGGAAGGCCAGAAGACAGUAGGAAUCCCCGAUGCUCUGCUGAAGACGGGAAGACCUUCAUCUUUAAAGAGAGGUCCGAUUACUAGCCGCCAGGUGAUGAGCCCCAGCUCUCGGAGCAAUGACACGAUGAGUGGAAUCUCCUCCUUGGCUCCCAGUAAACACUCAAGUUCCUCACACAGCUUGGCAUCUACAAGAGUCCCCAACUCUCCUAAUCAGUCUGCCAAUCCCCCCACCCCCUGGGAGGCAGCGCCUGUGGUGGAAGAAUCGGGAGCAGUGGAGGAUGCUAAUGCAGAGAACCUGUAUUUAAUGGGGAUGGAGCUGUUUGAUGAAGCGCUACGAAAAUGGGAGCAAGCCCUAAACAUUCGCCACCACGGCGACUCGGCCUCCAGCAGCAACAGCCUUGCUGUGCAGGGGGCAGCAUGUAGAGACUUUCUUACGAACGAAGGCCGUAAUAAAGUGUUUGCUGAGAAGUUAGAGACACUGUUGCACAGGGCGUACCACCUACAGGAGGAUUUUGGCAGCAGCAUCCCACCAGACAGUGUGCUUGCAGACUUUGAGAGUGAAGGGACUCUUAUCUUGCCUCACGUAGAGAGCUUCCAGCAGCUGCAGGAUGAGGAUGCGAUUACAGUUUCGUCUGACGACUCCUUUUUCUCGGCUGCAGAGCUGUUUGAAAACAUGACUCUAGAGGAUAUCUACCACCCAAUGAAGCCAGCAGCUCUGUACCAAGAAGCCUUGUCUCUGGUGCAAGAAGGCAGAGUGAGAUACAGGACCUUAAGGACUGAAUUACUUGAAUGCUACAGCGACCAGGAUUUCCUCGCUAAGCUUCACUGUGUGAGACAAGCGUUCCAGGUCUUGUUGUUAGAUGAAACUCACCGCACAUUCUUUAUGGAGACAGGGAAACAGAUGGUUACUGGGCUAAUGGUUAAGGCCAACAAGAGUCCCAAAGCCUUUCUGGAAAGCUAUGAAGACAUGCUUCUUUACACCCAGAGAGAGGAAACGUGGCCCAUUACAAAAAUGGAGCUGGAGGGUCGGGGGGUGGUGUGCAUGAACUUUUUUGACAUCGUUUUGGACUUCAUCCUGAUGGAUGCGUUCGAGGACCUGGAGAGCCCACCCUCCUCCGUGCUAGCCGUCCUGAGGAACCGCUGGCUGUCUGACAGCUUUAAAGAGACGGCUCUGGCGACCGCUUGCUGGUCGGUGUUGAAAGCUAAAAGGCGUCUUCUUAUGGUUCCUGAUGGCUUCAUCGCCCACUUUUAUGCCAUAUCAGAACACGUAAGCCCGGUUUUAGCGUUUGGGUUUUUGGGACCAAGGCAGCACCUGAGUGAGGUUUGCACAAUUUUCAAGCAACAAAUAGUGCAGUACCUUAAGGACAUGUUCGACCACGAUAAAGUCCGCUUCACCUCCGAUCAGUGCUUGGCUGAGGACAUCCUGAAACUUUCCCACCGCAGAAGUGAGAUCCUCCUGGGAUAUCUGGGAAUCAACAGUCUGUUGGAGCUCAACGGUACCAUGCUCAGAGACACUGAGAGCUCCUACGGGACCACUAAAGGGUCGUGAAGGGCCUCAUCAAGGACUCUGAACUCCACACUUGAUCUCUGCACCGAACCCUUCCUCUGUGAUACACUGAGAACCAGCAUUAUUCAGUUAUGUGUUCAUCCUUUUCUCCAUCUGUGCUCUUAAAACAGAACUACAAGCCACGGGAUUUAUUUCUCCAGGUCUCCGUUUUCCUGCUACUGAGGCGGAGUGCUCGGAUCCCGGAUUCCACUUGUCCCCUGUGUUGCUGCUUUGUUGCGUAUCCAGAAUGACGACUGUAAUCAAAUUAUCAGACGUGUGGGGACUUGUUUCUGCCUGUGCCUCUGCCUGGGGUGAUUUUAGAUACUUGGUAAAAACACAGCUGACGACCAGCUUCCAACUCAACAGGACUUUGCCUUCUAGUGGCUCAGUCGAGCAGAGUUUCUUCUGAGGACUGUCUUCAUCGCCUGUGGAUUUGAAACGGCAUCGUUGCAGUUCUUGAAAUGAGCGAGGCACCGUGGCGGUCACCACAAAUGUCCCUAAAUGCUCCUCGUUUGCAAGUUUACACAUGCGUUCCAUCAGGCUGAAUAACACUGAGACUUGGUUUAAAUGACGACUGAGACCUUGUAAAACUGGUUUACGGAGUAGAAUAUUUUCUGGAUCAGAUUCUGCUUUUACUUUGUUUAGAUUGCAAUUAUUCCCUCAGCUGGUUGUCGGAAAAUGACAAAAUGAAUACAAGUAUGGUCCAAAUCAGUGGAAAACAAAGUGGCAUACUAAACAUUAAUGAUUAUGACUGAAUUAUGACUGUAAAUCUAUUAUCAGUUUGAAUUACUCCCUGAUUUGUAAAAUCUGGUGAGCUUUUAAGCUGCUAGCCAGUCUUCUCUGUUAAAUUAAUAAGACUAACUUUAGAUAUAGUUUGUCACCUCUAUGACGUGUCAAGGUCAGUUUUUCUAGUUCACUUGUGUAAUUUAAUUUUUAUUUAAUCAAGAUAAAAUCUACCCUCCCAAAAACGAGGUACCACACUUUAGUGAAAUCGAACUAGGUGCCAGAUUCUAGAUCUUUUUAUGCAUUUGUCUAUAUUUUUCCCUUUUUUAAUUCUGUGUUUUCCCUAAAAAAAAAAAAAAAGAAUUUGAGACGUUUGUGAGAUUUCAGGGGAAAGAAUUGGUAACGACAAAGCACACAGAAGUGCUUUGUAAAGAGGACCAGUGAAGACUAGAAUGGCAGGAAUUCACUGUCAAAGAUCUGCAGGGAUAACGUGGAGCCAAGUUGCUCUAACAACCAACCGUGUUGCUCUACGCUUUCCGUUAAGAUUAUAUUCGCGUCUCAACGUUUCCUGCAGAGCUGCAGCAUCGCUUUCGCUGAAAAAUGAUCCCUAGGCAGACAGACUUGUAAUGAGCCAAGUUGAAGUAAGCUACGGUAGUUUGAGUUAAGGCUGCAUGCAGAUCCACUGUACUGGCAAAUCACGUCCCUGUUCAGCUUCAUACUUGGUAAACAAACGAGGAAACAAAAGAAAUUUCAAGCUAGAAUAUAGACAGACUUGUUCCAGCUGAUCAGCAUUGUCGUCGCUAUCCACUUCAGCCUCUCCAUCCAUGGCAGUGUUAACCAGAAUUUGACCCAAACACGGCAGGUUAAACCCCCUUUGCAACCGAAAUGCAACUUGGAAUCCUUCAGGAUCCUAAAGAAAUCUGUCAGAAGUUGCUCGUCCUCCCUUAUGUUUACUUCUGCUUGCUGAUUCGCUGAGUUAUUGUGCCUCUUGUCAUGUCAUCGCCCAACAUAAACGCAUAGCCGAGUUCGCCCUCUUUUCUUUCGUGUUCUUAAAAACAAACAGCUUUGCUUUUUGGGAAAUCCUGCAGUGAAACUCCGUGCUUAUGAGACAAAUACACCUUUUGAGAGUUAUCUUUAAUUUUACUACAUGUAAGCAAGUAUUAUGACUUAAGUGCAAGCACACGUGAAGACAUGAAGUUUUAAGUGUUAAAACGAUGAACAAUAGCGCUCCGUAUUGCCAAGCAUGCUUUCGCAAUCCUAAAUCGGAUAACUGCAGAUCCGUGUUCUUCUCCUUGUAAGCGACAUUAUUCGGCGACAGUAUGGACAAAGAACGUCACUGCUAUUCAAGUAAAGGGUCAACAAAACUAAUAUACACAAGUCCACAUGCAUUGUUUGUGGAAUAGCUUCACACAUUCAGUUUGGAUGCCCGGGUAUUGCAUAAGACGGUUCCUUUUUUUCCAUUUUUUUCUUCUUCAUUUUAUUUUAUUUUUUUAUUUUUUGGAAUGAUACAAUCACAUGGUACCUCUAGUAACUCGUUUCAUCAAGUACAUCUUCUCUUACGAACCCUAUGGGAACGGAAACUAGCAAAACACACUUUGAGAUCACUGCAAUGCACAAAUUACAACCCAAACGGUGCCAAUUUAUAGUUUUAUGAAGGAUACUGGUGUCACAAAGGCUUGUCGGGAAGGACGGCGCUCUAACCAACCCGGGUGCACUGAUGGAAACCCUCAAGUUGUGUCUGUUAGAUUUUUUUUGUUAGGUCACAGAAACCCAACACGCCAAACUAAACUGAACUUUCUUGUGUAAUGCUUUAGAAAGCACUACGGCUGUAAAGAUGGAGGCAUAUUGUAGUUCAGAUAAUAGUUUGGCUUUAUUAUCAAAUAUCUAUAUUUGUAUCGCUGGAAGCACAGCAGUUAAGUUUCCAUUGCAUCACGUUUUAAUUGUAAUUUAUCGUACAGAGCGACGGCUCUUUGACAUUAACUCGUGUGCUUUGUGGCAAUGAUUAUCCAAACCCUCUAGUUCUAAUACACUUCCUAAAUGUAUAGCUGUUGAUCCCUCUGAGUUGCUCUGACUGCGCCUACAGUCAGUAUUGUUGGAUUUAUUGGAUAGCAGUCCAACUCGAGCCAAAGCUGUGACUGGACGGGCCAUUUCUACUGUACAUGAUUUGGUUUGCCGCUUUGUGUUUUGGCCUGAUUUGCACAUUGGCAGGAAGCUGAUGUAGAAAGUGUUUCUCUUUUUUUGUAAUCGGCGUGAGAGUUCACAUGUACAAAUCGUCAGAUUAUUUAUUGCUGCACAUGAUUGUUGUAUGUAAGAAAGACGGAGCGCAGAACAGCUGUACAGUCUAAGAAAAUUAUCUUAAAGAGAAACUAUAUUAUGAAAAAUAGUUUGUGCAAUCACAUCGUGUUAAUGAAGUGCCCAUCUUUAAAUUGUCUGCUUUACUUUUAUUGUGUGUGAUCUGUUCUGUGAUGAGAUGACUCAAUCUUAUGUUUUUUUUUUGUGCUGUAUGCAUUGUGAAGAUUUUUUUUCUUCUUCCAUUUACCGGAUAAAUGAACAGCCUUUGCAUGUUAACAUUAUAUGCAUUGGACAUGUAGACCCAAGGUCAACCUGAUUUUUAUGGGACAUUUUGAAAAUGAUAAUUAGAUAUAAUCUAAAAAAAAAUUAUGGAUUAUUGCAAUUUAAGCAUGGAUUUAGCUUGGUGUAAUUCUUUUUAAAUGAUUUUAGACUUUAAAGAAGAUUCCAGAAGGCCAACAAUGUUGAUUAUUUUCCCGCCUACUGCUGUACAAGUGUCCUACUCCAUGCCUUUUGUUAUUUCUAUUGUUGUACUUCACUGUAAAUGAUUUACAUUCUCCUUAUUAAAUCUUAUUUUUUGUUAUUAAA